UAACGAAAGGUAUUUUUAUUUAAAGUAAGACCCAAACAAUGUCUAAAACAAUUAUAAUAGUGAUUGGCUGUGCAUUGGCCAUUAUCUUGGUGCUGCUGCUGUGCCAGAGUAAUAAGAUAUUGAAAGCCGGAGCAAACAUAAAUGAUUCAAAUGAAUUGGAAACAUCUCCAUUUUCACAUGUGCUCACUAGCAAAGACGCCUCCACAGCACUUGCAGUGAAUUCGUCGCGUCAACAGCUUUUGCUGCUGCAUCGCCAGAAGCGGUAUCUGCUGUUUCCCGAGGGCAGCUCAUUUCAACUGGUCUUCGAUUUAAUCAUACCCAUUGUGGACUACACCAAUUUCGCAAUUCUGGGCAUCACAUGUGCCGUCGCCUGGGAGCUACCCAGCAAGCCGCCAAGCGAGCUGCUGGACAACCUGCGCACCCGCUUAAACGAUGGCACCCUGGGAACGGUGCGGCGCAACGACAGCGUUCUGGGGACGGUCGCAACGGGGAACGGGAACAACAUUCGAACCGCCAUUAAUUGGCAGGCAAUGCAUGCGCAGCCAACAUCAACGUCUGCCCCUGCAUCAGCUGCAGGUUCUGCAUCCAAAGUCGACAGUUACUCGUACUAUACGAAUGUCCAGAGCGGCACGGGUUCUUCCGUUUAUGCAAAUUCGCCUAAUGGAGAACAGUAUGCACGACGGCCGGCUAAUUGGCAUACGCGACAGUCAAUACCAAAGUGGCGACAGUGGGCGAACUCUCCCCCAAACGCUCCAACCGCCGAACAAAUACGUGGCAAUGCUGACCACUGGUCAGACAAUUGGUGGCAGAGGAACAAAGAGAGGGUUGAGCAAAAUUGGCGCAAAAAUCAGCAACAGUGGAACUCCUACGCGCAGCCAAAGAGAAGCUACACCCACCAGCAACGUCCACGACAGAUGCUAAAGGAACCACCAAAGCAUCAGAUUUAUCCAGUAUUCGGAAGACGGCGACGACGGCGAGACAUUCAGCCCCAAGCAGAGGAUGACGUCAUCGAGCGUCUACAUUUGGAUCAGCAUCUGAGCUCCCGAGGGUUGCUCUUCGGCAAGAUCGAACGAUUAUACAAGUCGCAACAGCUCAAUGGCACCGCAUGCAUUCAGCGGGCACUCUGCGAAUCGGGGCAGCGUCAAACGGGCAUGGGGCAGGCGGCAGCUGAGCCCCAGAGCUUUAUUAUGGAGCUGGUGUCGGCCAUCUUUCAAUUGCCCUGCAGCAACGAAGCUGGCGAAGUGCUGAAGCACAUCUCACCACAUUAUCUGGCAGCGCAUCAGGAGCAAGGAAACUGUCGACAAAUUUAUGGCGAUUGCAGUCACACAUUUUGGUUGGAAUAA